AUGAGCGACCCCAUCGGUCCUGACGACCUCGUCUACAUUGCCCAGGCCCACGUGCCUCAGAAGGAACUCCCAACGCCCGAGAAGGAAGACGUCGUUGUCACCGCAAACAGGUACGAUGAUGAAGGCCGCGAGGUGCCGACAGAGGAGGAGGAACAAAGCCUCCGGCGCGUGGCGGGCAAGGUGCAGUGGACCGCCUACACCAUCGCUUUUGUCGAGCUGUGCGAGCGGUUCUCUUACUACGGAACCACUGCCGUCUAUACCAACUUCAUUCAGCAGCCUCUGCCUGCGGGCUCGGAUACUGGGGCGGGAGGAAGUGGGCAGUCCGGCGCCCUGGGUCAGGGUCAGCGAACGUCCACCGCGCUGACCACCUUCAACACGUUCUGGUGCUAUGUCAUGCCCAUUCUGGGCGCCUGGAUUGCCGAUGAAUUCUGGGGUCGGAUGAAGACCAUCCAGGUCGCCAUCGCCUUCGCAAUGCUGGGUCAUAUCAUUAUCAUCAUCUCCUCCAUCCCCCAAGUUAUUGUGCAUGCGAACGGCGCCCUAGCCUGCUUCUGCGUCGGUCUGAUAUUCUUUGGAAUUGGGGUGGGCGGGUUCAAGUCAAACAUCUCACCACUGAUUGCCGAGCAGCACCGCGAGACGAAGCUCUUCAUCCAGACUGUUCCCAAGACCGGGGAGCGGGUCAUCGUCGAUCCAGCGCAGACCAUCACCCGCAUUUUCCUAUACUUCUACUUCAUGAUCAACGUCGGUUCUCUGAUCGGGUCGGUGGCCAUGGUGUACGCGGAGAAGUACGUCGGCUACUGGCUGGCCUACCUCCUACCGACGAUCAUGUUCGGGUUUUGCCCGUUGGUACUGUUCAUGUGCCGCAACAAGUACCAUGUGACGCCUCCGACGGGGUCCGUCGCGGCAAAGGCAUUCAAACUGUGGGGCCUUGCCUUGAAGGGACAAUGGACCUGGAACCCGGUCGUAUUCUUUAAACGAUGCAGGUCGACCGAGUUCUGGGACAGCGUCAAACCCAGCCAGCUGGAGAACAGGCCUCAAUGGAUGACGUUCGACGACCAGUGGGUAGACGAGGUGCGCCGUGCCGUGAAGGCCUGUGCCGUCUUCGCAUGGUACCCUCUUUACUGGCUGGCCUACGGGCAAAUGACCAACAAUCUGACCUCGCAAGCCGCCACGAUGCAGCUGCACGGGGUACCCAACGACAUCAUCAACAACCUAGACCCGCUGGCCCUGAUCAUCUUCAUUCCGAUCAUGGACCAAUUCGUGUACCCGGGUCUACGCAAGCUGGGCAUCAACUUCACCCCGAUCAAGCGGAUCUACGUGGGCUACCUGCUGGCAGCGGCCUCGAUGAUCGCGGCGGCCGUGACACAGUACUACAUCUACAAGCUAAGUCCCUGCGGUGACCAUCCGAGCGAAUGCGCCGAGGCGGCGCCCAUCAACGUGUGGGUGCAGACGGUGCCGUACGUGCUGAUUGCGUUCUCGGAGAUCUUCACGUCGAUCACGGGGUACGAGUAUGCGUACACGAAGGCGCCGAAGAACAUGAAGUCAUUAGUCCAAUCGUUGUACCUGUUCAUGAACGCCAUCUCUUCGGCAAUCCAGCAAGGCUUGACCGCUCUGUCGACCGACCCGCUGUUGAUCUGGAACUAUGGGUUCGUGGCGGUGUUGGCCUUCAUUGGUGGGAACUUGUUCUAUCUUAGUAAUCUGAAGUUGGAUAAGGAGGAGGAUGAGCUGAAUAACAUGGAGGAAUCACAGUGGGUGGGGAAGGAGACUGUGGCAACCGAGAAGACCAUGGCUUAA